AUGGCAACCUCAGUCGACUUCCUCAACUUCCCCAAAGAGAUCCGAAACUGCGUCUAUGCCGCCAUCAGUGAGAACGCCUAUUGGGCCAGAAACGACAAGGAGUUCAGACAAACACAAAAAAAUCUCCGUCUCACUUGCAAGCUAAUCAAUGAGGAAUCCACACCAAUCUUCAUGAAGGACAAAUCCAUCAGCUUUCGCGAACAAUCCAGCGUCGAAGACUUUGAGUGGGACAUCUUGCGUGCCGAACACCGAUCUAUCAAUUUCGUGGAAAACAUCCGCUUCGUGGAGCUGUCCAUUGACGCCGACAAGCUCAGAUUCUGCACAUGUGCGGACAGCGUUCACCCAUGCAGGAGCUGGGUCGAUCCAAAUGGUGGGUCCAAUGCGCUCCGUCUCAGUGACAUCUUCCACAACAAGAAGCUGGGGUUGAGUCCGGAACAAGUCACAGUCUCCUUCACGGUCGAGGACGAGGACGGAGAAGAAUUCCAUGAUCCGUGCACAAAGGAGCCUGAGGUCUCACACGAUGGCAAUGACGAGCCUGAGGAUCCAGCUGCCAAUCAAGCGGAGCCUCAGAACCCAACUGCCAAUCAAGAGGAGUCUGAGAAUCUAGAAGCCGAGGACGCCGAGCUUGAGAAUCCAGCUGCUGGUGGAGACGAGCAUGAAAAUCCAGACGAAGCCGAGGAAAAGCGCGAGGAUUCAGAGUCGGACGAAGAAGAAGAGGAAGAGGAAGAGGACGAAGAAGCCGCGCAAAGCGACGAGGAGAAUCAACGAUCGGAAUGGGAUAUUUACGCGGGGAGUGAAAUGUGCAGCAGCCGUGGCAUCACCGACAAUUUGGUCGACUAUGGAACCAUGCGCCGUGCAGUUGCGACAUAUGCGAGAGACCUAGGCUGGGGUGAGGCGGUCUUCACCAUUCCAAACUGGAAGCCUGGCAAGCCCAGGAAAGUCGUCGAUAUUGAGGCGGCAGAGAAAGAUCAGAAGAGGUCUUUGGAUGAGGAGGAAGAUUCUGGAGCGGCAUCGAAGAAGUUGAAGGGCAUGGCAGAUUCGGGAGAUGAGGGUGUCGGUGAUCAGGGUAUCGUUGCUGAGUGGCACGGACGAUCGGAAAACAUUGAAGAGACAACAGCGUGCCGGUCCCCUGUAUGGGACUUCGCCAGUAUCAACAAGCUCGCCGCGCGCAAAGAUUCCUCUGGUGGCACUGGCGAAGGUCGCGGGAUGUGGUUGGGCGAACUUGAAUCCGAUUCAGAUGAAUUCGAGGAGUAUACUGAAGGGAGUGGGCUUUCCAGUAUCGCACACCGCGUGCCAGACGACCAGCGAAAUGCCACAGCUGUUGUGACUGUGCCGGCAGCAGCGUUAAAAGCCAGGAAGAAGACCAUAAAACAGGCUCUGGCAACCGUCGCAGUGCUGAAGGAGGCACGCAACAAAGCUGAUGCAGAGUUAAUUCGUUGA